AUGGAUAGUCCAACCAGUAAUAACGACGUCACUUCGGUCACGGCUAUGGAUACGAACCAAGCGGAUCCUUCGGAUCCCCUAGUGUCGGAACCCAGCGCUCAGCCGCGCAUUCAGCUGAGCGGGUCUCGCCAGAAGAGACUGCAGGGCCUGAUGAGAACAGGUAUGAGCUACGCAGAAGCUCUGCCUAUAUCUGAAAAGCCCUGGAGUGAUGUUCCGGUGUCCAAACCACCUUUAAAACCAAAAGCGCAGAAGCGUGAACGGUCAGUGGAGGCGUCGCCACGGGAGCAUGUCGGAAAGGCUCCCAGGGCCAUGGCGCCAGCUGAUAGCAGGAACAGACCUACUUUCAGCGAAAUGGCGAGCUCCCUGCGCGUGGGUAUCCGGAAUUCGGAAUCCAUGUCAGAGGAGCAAAUGGAGCUGAUGGAGCUGUUCCUGGUCCACACUAUAGCGAGUGCAGACUGGCUUGUGGGAAAGAUCGGCAAUUUAAAGCCGUGGCCGGAAGCCCCGCUGUCCUUGAUUAAGGAGAGCAAGCUUCCGAAGCCCACCACCGCCACCACCUACAUUCCCAAGAAGGGAUUCGCCAAUCAAUUGCCAAGUACAGUCAUGGCUUUAAUACUGGUGGUACUUUCGGUAGUAAUACCAGGAAUAUUUUCACAGUGUACAGUUCAAAAUGCAAAACCCUACUUUCGGCGGUCAGUGUAUGAAUUCACAACGGAUCUGGUGCAAAGAAUAGCUACGGAAACAGAUAACCAUUUUGUGACGUCAGCUCUAUCACCUUGGACAUUGCUUUCCGCUGUAUCUUUAGGAGCAACUGAUGAAACUUUGGAUGAAAUAAUUGAUGUGCUAAGAUUACAUCCCCACCAAUGUUUUAAUAACAAAUUCUUUGAAAUCGUUAAACAAAUGACGGCUACAAGUGAAGGUACGGUGUUUGAAAGAAGUUCAAGUCUAUUUCUCGAUGACAGAUUCCCAUUAAAUCCAGUUUUCAAAGCUAGAGUGAAAAGAACUCAAGUAUGUAAUAUAGAAACCUUGCAAUUCGAUAACUUUGCUGAAACGGCCAAUACUAUUAACGAAUUUAUAAACCAAGCUACACAUGGAACUAUAGAUGAAAUGAUCACACCAAAUGACUUGGAAGGAGUUUACUUAGUUCUUGUAGACGCCUUAUAUUUCAAAGGCAGUUGGAUGACCAAAUUUUCGUCAGCUGACACCGAAACAAGCGCGUUUUACGAUGAAAACGGUAACCAACUUGGAGACGUAAAUCUCAUGUUUAGUACACAGACAGUGAAUAUGGUUUCUAUAAGACAAAUUGGAGCAACGGUAUUAGAGCUGCCAUACGGUGUCGAUGGUAGAUUUUCAAUGCUGUUUAUUCUACCGGACCAACAUAAAACUAUUACUUCUGUGAUUGAGAAACUUAAAAAUAUAAGUCUAAGUUCUAUUUUCAUUCUAUCCAAACAACAAGGACCUCAGCAUGUAAUGGUACAAGUACCAAGAUUCAAAAUUAGCACAGAUUUGAAUAAUUUGAAGGAAUUAUUAACAGAUAUGGGCUUGAAGACUUUGUUUGAUAAUGUUAAAGCUAAAUUAGCAGAUAUUUCAGAUUAUUCUCUGUACAUUUCUAAUAUUUUCCAAAAGGCUAAUAUAGAGGUCAAUGAGGAAGGUAGUGAAGCCAGUGCGGCAUCGGCAGCAUUAUUCGAAGGACGAAGUGCAACUGUGAGAAUUGAACAAUUUGUAGCAAAUAAACCAUUUUUAUUCAUGAUUGUGGAUAAGGAAACGGAAAUAGCCUUGUUUACUGGUGCUUAUUCUAAACCUAGCCUUUAUUAAGAUUGAAAAGAAAUAAAAAGGCGUUCCUCAAGGUUCACCACUAAGCCCGUUCUUGUGUCGCACGUAAACAAAACCUACCAGUCAUUUUAUAAGAGCAUAUUCCGAAUUCACAACUUUAUGUUUGUAUUGUAUACGUACCACUGCUAACGCACUAAGUCAAAGUCAAAGUCAAAGUCAAAGAUUAUUUAUUCCAUAGGUAAAAUAAAUUUACACUUGAAAACGUCACAUUUAAGCUUAAGCUACUGCUCGUUCACUACGCUGACCUCC